AUGUACACCCCGGGCGGGCCGGGGCUGCCGGGCGGGCGGCGGCGGCGCGGGGGGGCGGCGGGCGGCGGGCUGCCCAAGCAGCCGGAGCGCAGCCUGGCCUCGGCGCUGCCCGGCGCUCUCUCCAUCACGGCGCUCUGCACGGCGCUGGCCGAGCCCGCCUGGCUCCGCAUCCACGGCGGCACCUGCGCCCGCCAGGAGCUGGGCGUCGCCGACGUCCUCGGUUAUGUCGACCCCGAGCUGCUGCGAGAUUACUGCAUGAACCCGCAGACGGUCCUGCUGCUCCGGGUCAUCGCUGCCUUCUGCUUCCUGGGAAUCAUCUGCAGCCUCUCGGCUUUCCUCCUCGACGUCUUUGGACCCAAGCACCCGGCGUUAAAAAUCACUCGCCGCUACGCUUUCGCUCACAUCCUCACAGUCCUGCAGUGUGCCACCGUCAUCGGAUUCUGCUACUGGGCCUCGGAGCUGAUCCUGGCCCAACAACAGCAGCACAAAAAAUACCACGGUUCCCAAGUUUACGUCACCUUCGCCGUCAGCUUCUACCUGGUGGCGGGCGCCGGGGGGGCCUCCAUCCUCGCCACCGCCGCCAACCUGCUGCGUCACUACCCCACCGAGGAAGAGGAGCAAGCCCUGGAGCUGCUGUCUGAGAUGGAGGAGAACGAACCUUACCCGGCCGAGUACGAAGUGAUCAACCAAUUCCAGCCGCCGCCGGCGUACACCCCCUGACGCCGGCACCGGGACGCGGUCAUCGCUUUCUCACCCCCCCCCCCCCCCCCCGAACUUCACUUUCUCGGCACCUCCUUCGCUCUUCUGAUCUCUCCCGCGCAGAGGAAAGGACUUUUCGGGUCAGAUGAUCGGUGUUUUCUUCCUACCCCUUAUUUUAUUAACUCCACAGCGUUGAUUUUUAACCCUGCACCGGCUCGGCUGGCCGAAAUAACGACGGCGCCGUCCCCCCUCCCCGCGUGGCUUCUCCCCGGCACGAGGGGCGGUGGGAUCCGCUCUCCCCCCGCGGAGAUCUCAUCCCUGACCUGCGCCACGACGAGAGGGGAAAUCCCCCCCCGAUUCCCCGGCCCGGCACGCGCCGAACUCAGUCCCUCCUCUGCCGAGGCGUAACCUACGCCCGGAGAAAGGUGUGACGCACGCGUUUGUGUAUAUAUUUAUAUAUAUAUAUAUAUAUAGGGGAAACACCCACCACAACGUGCUGGUGGGAGAGGAACGGCUCAUUAUAGCGGCUGUACGGCAGGAGGAAGGUGGAGCAAACACACCCCCCCCCCCUCCCCGGCCGCUCUGCCUGCUCCUCUUCUCCGGCUGGCGCUGACCACACGAGCAUUUUGCACUUUAUUUAGGCUGGGGGGAGGACGGUGACGGUUUCAGGGCCGGCUGCCGGGGACUGUCACCGCUUGUAAAACCCCAUCUGCAAGCUCUCCUGCUGCCGGUGGUGGUUUGGGGGGAGCUCUGUGCCCUCCCCCCCCCCCCCCCCCCCCCGCCACUGCGGGGUUCAGCUCCUGUCGGCAUCUCACAGAGCAAAUCUUGGGGGGUUGUGUUUUUUUUUUUUAGCCAAGAUAAAACCAGACUUUGGUACAGCGACAGCCCCCCGGGACGCGGGUUGAGCCUGCGCUGGCAAACCGCCGUCUCAGCCUGUAGCUUUUAUGCAAGUUCCCGACCUCCGCGCCAACCUGCCUCUCCUGCUUUUCGACCCCGCUGUUAAUCUCGAUGUUUUUCUGUCCUGCUCUUCGUUUAUUACCCCAUUUCCCUCCGCAAGCCCUGGGAGACGACGGGACCUCGAGGGGCGAACGCUUCCCCGGACGGUGCCGGAGAGCCGAGGGAAAGCCAAACCCGGAGCGGGUGGCCGGCAGGGCCAGAGCUGGGGUUUUUGGGGCUGUUUAAAACAAACAAGGAAAAAAAAACAAAAACAAAAAAAAAAACAAAAAAAAAACCCCAAACCAUACAGGGAUGCAUCAACCUGAGUACCGCAGCACCAAAAAGCUCAAGGCUGGCUCCGUGGAGGGUACGGUGGUUUUAGGGAAGGAUUUUUAGGAUAGGGAUACCGCUCCUUGUAGGUUCUCAAUCAUCCGUCGAACGCUUUUAUUACCUAUUUUCUUGCUGCCGCCUGUCUUGCCCAGCUCAUCCCUUUUUUCCUCCCCUCCCCUGCACCCGCAGCAGCACUGGCUAUGCAAGAGCUUCGGCCGCUCGCCGGGGCUCAGGCUGUGGCACGAAACGGGAAAACUCAGCCCCGGGGAGAGCACUGCCCGUCCCCUGCGGGACUCGAAGGAGGAAAAUCAGCCCCUUAAAACCCUCGAGGAUUUUUGAGAAGGGUGCGAGCGCGGGGAGAAGGUGGCAGUGUGGUGGUCAGGGGGGUUAGUGGCUCCUCUUCCUCCUUCGUCCCACCUCCGGGCUAAACAUCCCGCCAGCUCUUCCCCGGCAUCCAGCUGGAGCAAUAAUCCAGUUUGGGUUUUCCCCCACCGGUGAUUUAUAUGCAAGAGAGGGGCUUGAGUGUAAAUAAUCUGUGCAUAAACACACUGUAUUUCUGUAAAAAAAAAAAAAAAAAAAAAACCAAACAAAACAGGAAGAGAUAAAUGAUGUCAUUUCCCUCCCCUCCACCGAUCUGCGUAGCUCGAUGGAAUCUAGGGGUGCGGGUGCUGCGGGGUUUGGGGCUCCCCCCUGCCCUUCUCCAGAGGAAAUAAAGGGGGUGCAAAGA